GAACAGGUCAAUGACUACUUCGAUUGAUCAAGACAUUUGUUAUUCUGUUUGCGCCUACGUGCUUGUCUGCAGAAAUCGCUAUUCUGCCAUGGUACUAAUGCUUAAUUGCUUAUCAAUUAUUUAAUCUACACUUUGAAUUUAUUUCAGGUUAAGGUUAACGCUCCAUGAAAUUGUUUUUUACGGGGAUGAUUAGGUCAUGAAUUAACAAGCUGUCUUAUUAUCAUGACGGACAACUGGAAUGCACGAUUUAAUGUGGCCAAUAUGUUAGAUUGUUUUUAAUUAAAGACAACGUGUACGAGUGUUUACUGUCUGGUCAUUAACAGGUGGAAUGAGCCGUUGAACUCCCCCGUGGGAUUAAUUUAGAGCAGAGAAAAUGCGACGUGGAUUUGACUGGCCUUUUAAAAACGGCUGUGACUCGCAUCAAAUCGACUUGUUCGUCACCAUUCGCCAUUCAUUUCGACCUCGCGGCCACCUCAAAGCGGCAGCUGCUGCUACAACAAAAUGCCCAGAAAGAGAUGUGGUAAACUUUCCAAGACCAGUCCGUCAAGUGUAUCCUGGCAAAGUACACAUGGGCUUCAUCCCUUGUAUUGGUCCCUACACUUUCAGACUGUGUUUGGCUACCUAUUUGUGCAGCAAGGAAAUCUACAUCAUGGAACGUGAAUUCUACGCUGGUCUAUCCAUUGCCAUCAUGGGUGUGUAUGCUGUGAAGAAACUUGGGUCUGGCCACAGCCAAAUAUGGCCAUUGAAGAAGCCAAAGGCUAGAAUAGCGGCAGAGAAGGUUGAACAGGAUCGAGCUCUUGCCAUGAAGAUGCUUUUUGACGCCGUUAAGAGGGAAAACGUGGCCCUUCAGCUUGAAGCUGCUUACCGCCAACAGCUCCGAAACCCCCGAAACCGUUUCUCUGCUGGGCAACCGGCAGCGAUAACGGAAAACUGCGGAGAAAGCGACUGCUGUGAUGGAAAUCAAGUUAUAUGCCAGCCCUAUAUAAGUCCGUCGCUAUCUUAGUCGUUCACUCACAUCCAGUCAGAAACUAAAACAGACACCACAACCAGCACCGCACCGAGCCUUUGCAACAUGAAUUUUCUCACCAAGAGAAAUAUCGCGGUGGCUGUAGCUUGCCUGGUUUUAUUUCAGCUAGGCUGCAGUUACUCCAGUCCGGUUCGUUCACCUCGUACGUCUGCUUUGAAAUUACGCAACAUACUGGCCAACAUUCAACGAAUUCAUCGCAGCGAUCAAGAUUAUCACCUUUUUAUUCCUAAUGAUGAGAAUGGAGCUGAUGUUGCAGUGACUCCUGGCCAAUCCUUCCUACCGACGACUGCUGAGGGCGUUCUCUAAGAUGAACCGGAAGCAAUUGAUAACACUGGCCCAAUCAGAAAUUAUCCUGACUCACCUGACGAGACCGAGCUUCCAGCACUGCCAACAGAUGUCGACAGCGGAUUAUGCAAUUCAGAUUCAGUUGAAACAGUGACGUCAUCUAAUUUUCAAGAGCCAAUUCAAGAACCAAUUCAGAAGCUGGAGGAUCCUUCCUAUUCCAAGUUUCUUCCAGAACAAGAGCUUCUGACUACAUCUGAACUCUAUCAUUCACCAACUGCGGAAGCACAUUCUAAUCCAGCGGAACUUCCGCUAACGUAUCCAAUUGUACCUGUCCCGGAGGGUCCAUCAGCCAUAGGCCUACCCAUCACCGUUGCCGAUUUGCCUCUGGAGACCAUCUUACCAUCCACGGCAGCACUCCCAGAGAAAGAGGAAAUCAGUUCCCCACCGGAAGCUCCCGAUCAGUUAUCAAUCAUUGCAGAACAAGGGAACAACGUUGGCGCUCUUC